CAAUAGCUGUUCCCUAAGUGGAUACUUGAGAGAUAUUAGCCAGUUCACAUUUCUCAGCUCCUGUGGGCUCACCAACCCAUUUCAAGUUGCAGCAAAUAUCAAGCCAGUUCACAUCUCUCAGCUCCUGUGGGCUCAGCAAACCAUUUCAAGUUGCAGCAACUGUAGCAAAAACCAACAGUACAGAAGACACUUUUUUUGUUUUUCCCCCUCUGAAACACUAAAACCUUAAGUUCUGCUAGUCAUCUGGUUCUUCUCUAUCACAAGUUCAAUGUUCAGGUUUUCUGAGGAGGCUUUACUGGAUGUCAAGCUCACUUGCAGCCAUAGUAGGAGGCGUUGGAGGGGCGAUAGCUCUGGCAAUCGUAAUGGGCUUCGGGUGUUACUGCUUCUUGAAGCAUAGCAAUUCGUCAAACAGGAAUUCGGAGUCUGGUUCUUCAGAUCCAUCUGCAGUAGUGGAGCUGAAAAGAGGAGGGGGAACCAGUUCAUCGACUGUGCCACCCAUAGCUGGACCUCACGGAACAGCUGUGCAAUUCACAGUGGAAGAGUUGGAGCAAGCUACAAAGAAUUUCCAAGAGAGUAAUCUCAUUGGAUACGGAAGUUUCGGCCUGGUUUACAAAGGAUUGCUUCGUGAUGGCAAUUUUGUGGUUAUCAAAAGGCGAACCGGUGCCCCUAGUCAAGAAUUUAUUGAAGAGGUAACAUACUUGUCGCGGAUUUGGCACCGCAACUUAGUUACGCUCUUAGGUUUCUGUCAGGAGCGAGGAUAUCAAAUGUUAGUUUUCGAACAUUUACCCAAUGGCAGCAUGUGCAAUCAUUUGUAUGAUACCGGAUUAGAGUCAACAACAAAACUGGAAUUCAAGCAACGGAUAUCAAUAGGUCUUGGGGCAGCUAAAGGUUUAUGCCAUUUACAUAGCCAGAGGCCUCCCAUAGUCCACGGUAACUUCAAAACAGCAAAUGUUUUGGUCGAUGAGAAUUUCAUAGCUAAAGUGGCAGAUGCAGGGGUUUUCAAACUACUUCAAAGGAUAGAAGAUGCAGGUCCAUCUAGCACGUCACAUGUCAAUGUUUUCCGGGAUCCAGAGAUAGGACAACCAGGGAUGUUCACUGAAACAAACGAUGUCUACGGCUUUGGAGUACUCCUUUUGGAGCUUGUAACUGGUCAAGAGGCUUCACAUAUCGACUCCUUUGGAUCUAAUGAAAGUAUACUGCGAUGGGUUGAAACACAUCUAAGUUCAAAUGAUUUUGUGGACCGCCGGCUAGUCGGAAGCUUCACAGCGGAGGGGAUGAAAGAUUUUAUCAGGCUGGCACUGCAAUGCAUGGGUUUUCCAGGAAAAAGGAGGCCGAAGAUGGAAAUGGUUGUUUCAGAGCUCGACAGGAUACUUGAGAAAGAGAUCACACUCACCACAGUAAUGGGUGAGGGUUCCACCAACGUUACUCCUGGAAGCGAGCUAUUUACUUCCGAAAUAGGAUGAACAAAGAAGAAGAAGAAGAAGAAGAAGAAGAAGAAGAAGAA